AUGUACAAAAUUGCCAAUUCAUCUCAUCAUUUUACAAAUUCUUCUCUUAUCUUCCAGCCAAAACCACAGCUUCUCGGAGGACCGAGGGAAAUUGAUCUGUCGGAUAAAUCUCAUCCCAUCUACGAUAUCGUGAAGGAGAGUCUCGUGAGUCUUGGAAAGACGGAAAAUGGUGAUACUUACAGCUUUGUUCGCAUCAACAGUGCCACAAGUCAAGUAGUUGCAGGAAUUGCGUACAAAGCGAAUCUGGAUGUGAAGGAUUCCGACUCGAAGGACGUGAAGUGUGAUCUGGAUGUCUGGGAGCGAUCUUGGUUGACUCCCAGCCGGGAAGUGAAGUUCAACUGCGACAAUACCAAGCGUUACACCUUCAGACAGAGAAGAUCCGUUGACGCUGAACCGCCUAAAUUCAUUCCAGGCGGUCCAAUUCCCAUUGACGAUUUUGAGAACGACGAGAAAGUGCAGAACAUUGUGAAGACUUCUUUGGUGUCCUUCAAUGGCGAGGAGGGAAAUGCUUACAAACUUCAUCGAGUGCUUGGCGCUACGAAGAAAGUGGUCUCAGGAGUUCUCUAUGAGAUCAACGUGGAGUUCAAGCGAGAGGACCCUGAUAAGGUGCUCAAAUGCAAAUUGGCUGUUUGGGAGAGAUCCUGGCUGAAGGAAAACGGGACUCAGACAGAUGUUACUUGCGAUGAGGACAAAAAGAAGUACACUUUCUUCGCCUAA